AGUCAUAAUAAAGAAUAACAAAAUAUGAACCCACGGUUGAGGUUAGUUCUUUUGUUAUUUAACAAGAAUGAAGAUGUUUCGGUGAUGUUUACAAAAUGUUUCCAAGGCCAUUGUGGAAAGGAUGCACUACGUUCAGUCGAAAUGUUGUUAAACGAUUUUACUGUGGGACUAAGUCUGAUAGGGUGAGAAAAUUCAGUGAGGACAGAGCCCUGCAGCACUUCGACAAGAACUACAGUCUUUUGUUCGGUCAAAAAUGGAAAUCGAUAAGGGCAGCACUACUGACAAAACAUAAAUCGGUGGCACUCGUAAACAAUUUCGCCGAUCCCAGAAAAAUUUGUCGAGAACUUGAAGUCAGUGGUGCGUUUAAUUUAAAAUCGUUAUUCGAACGGAAAGAUCCGAUUGUGUCUAAACAAAUGAACAAUACGGAACUCUCCCACGACAAUGACGAGUACGUAAAAGGUCUAAAUAGAUGGUUGGAGUGGAGCAAAUCCGAUUAUCAAAAAUACUGGAACGCAACAGAUAUUCCCAUAGACAUCGUCCCUGAUGAUGAAUUUAGUUACCCGAACAAUUUGGUAAUUUAUAGUUACAAGCGAUGCGAUACAACCAGAUUUCAGCGAGUGAUACCCACAGAAAACAAUGAUCGAUUAUCCCAUUUUGUCAUGAAUGGAUCAUCUAUAUUGCCACCGUUAAUGCUGAACGUUCAACCGGAUGACAAAGUUUAUGAUGCUUGUUCGUCACCGGGAGGAAAAGCUUUGUUACUGCUACAGACAUUAAUACCGAUUAGUAUUGUAUGUAAUGACAUCGAUCAUAUACGGGUCCACAAAAUCCAUACGGCAUUCAAGCAGUUUUUAGUCGAUUUUAAAGACGCUUGGAAAAAUCAGAAGAUUUUUAUCACCACACAAGAUGCUCGCAUCUGCGGCGAAAGCGGUGUGUAUGAUAAGAUUUUAGUUGAUGUACCAUGUACAACCGAUCGGGACGCAGUGAAAAGAUUCAAAAAGUCGAACAUGUUUCUGCCAUCACGAUCGGAAGAACUUUUAAAACUACCCGAAUUACAAACGGACAUCUUAAGCAAUUGUCUAAGGCUUCUGAAACCGGGUGGAUCACUGGUUUAUUCAACUUGCUCAAUCAGUCCGAUACAAAAUGACGGAAUCGUUCGGAUGGCCAUUGCAAAGGCAUUUAUUGAAAAUAAUAUCACCGUUACAGUCAAAGAUCUUAGUAUGGCAAUCGAUCCGUUUCGAGAAUUGUUUACAUUUCAAGAUUCCAAUGAACUUAGAUAUGGGCAACUGGUGUUACCGUGGUUAACAAAUAACUUUGGGCCGAUGUACUUUUCGAAAAUUACCAGGCGUGUUUGAAAUACAAAUGCAGAUUUGUUACCGAAAAUUAAAUUCGAAUUACUCAGUCUAAUUCACGAUCGUAGAGUCUGAAAUCAACCAUUUUCACCACUCCAUUCGCACCGUCAUCAAAUGUCUAAAGCCAGAGUGGAGUCUGUGUGCACUUCAUUAUUUAUGAGGGAAUGAUACGCACACAGAUCAUAGGCUUCAAACCGUUGCCUGAUGAGUGAUCAGUCCGCGGUAUAAAAUUUGUGCCACAUUAAUACACCAUCUAUCCGAUAAACGCGAUAGCCGUCACAUACUGUGGAAAGUUGGAAUUUUGGUUCAACUAGACCCUUCUUGGUGCCAGAUGAAUUUUGAACUUCUCUAGCAUCACUACUUUCAUUCGUCAUUUCGAGGCAAAACUUUCAUUUUAACAUUAAUUUGAAUUAGCUUGUAUGUGUCACUGCUGAGAAACACAUUAGGCAAUGUUAGGAUCCUCCUAGCGCUCCACUCAAACAGUUGUAGGGCAAAUGCAUUUUGGUUAGUACUGCAACGUGGCAUAAGCUUCGAACCUUAUGACGGACUAAUCUGCGCACACAGGCUCUCCGUUAACAGCACGGAAUUCUUGUCUUUAUGCAAAAGAGACGAUUGCAUUUUGGUUGAUAAUCUGUUUAUUUGAGCAACAUAUAAAUUCACCGAAAAAAAAACCAAGCCGUCGCAUGAGUGUCUCCUUCUAAACUAUAAAUAUAUCAAAUGAUCCGGU